AUGGAAGAAGAAAUCAACGUACAAGUGCAAGUGGAAGAUAACUGUCCCUCGAUCGAGCAUGUUUUACGUCCUAUAAUGUACGUUUCCUGGCUUUUGGGUGUCGGUGUAGCACGACCACGAAAAUGUCCCAAGGCUGUUACGAUAUUUUUACGUGUCAUUCACUUUGGAAUCUGUUCAGUAAUCGUCGCAUACGGCGCGAUAGAUUUUUUCACUUUCGGUAGUGUCUUCAAGAGCGACAUAUUCAAGAUCAUAUACUACUUGAACAAGGUAGUGUGCUACGUCUCGGCGUAUUACUAUGUCUAUCACGGUAUCCGGCACUACGACAAAUGGCAUGAGUUAAUGAGCAAAAUGAAGACCCUCGAUCAAAAAAUCAGAAAAGAGACACCUGUGAACAAUCGAUCUGUAAGAAACGCCGAAGUUCUGGCUAUUCUAACAACAUUGAUUCUCGGACCUUUGUCAAUGAUCAUACAUGCUCUGUAUUAUUACUUCACGCUUCCGGAAGAUAUAUUUGCGUCUGAUUUGUUGCUCUACUAUACUAUCGCUCAGUCGUUGAUCAACAGCUUCGUCUUCGACGUUAUCGUCUACGUGCUCUACCACAGAUUUCGUGUAAUAAACGACAUGAUCGAGCAGUUGGACGAGCGAUUGGAUAUAACGUGGAUUGCGAUCAAAGUCAGGCGUAUCAGAGAAUUACAUACCGGAAUUUCUGAUAUAGUUAUCACGAUAAAUGAAAUUCAUGGUUUUCAUCUUCUCCUUUGCUCGGCAAACUGCUUUACCAUGGUCGUAGCUACAUUAUUUAGAAUUUACAUGGGUGUUGUCGAAAGAAACUACGGAUUCAUGCUAAUAAAUAAUAUCCUUUGGGUUUUAUACGCCGCAAAAUUUGGUACGAUGUGUUGGAUCUGUACAUUCGCAUCACAAGAAUCCUACAGAACCGGAAUAAUCAUAUACGCAGUCGUGCUAAAUUGCAAAUUCACGAAUCUCAAAAAGAUAAACAGCAUAAGCUAUAAUCAAGCGAAUUUAGAAGUACCACAACCAUUCGAAAGGCAGAAUAGUGAACGAAAUUCUAACCAGAGUAACGCCUACAAUCUAAAUUACAUUGUGAUGGAAAGCCUUUUGCGCAAAAACCUGGACCGAGACUGUGUAAGAAACGAGGUCAACGAUUUUUCAAUUCAACUACAACAGCAUCGAGUGGCAUUUACAGCCUGUGGUUUUUUCGAAAUGAACAAUGCUUUGCUCAGUGGCUUCGUCGGUGUGAUUACCACAUAUUUAAUCAUUCUCGUUCAAUUUUAUCGACCAGAAAAUUUGAAGUGAAAUAAUUCAGUAGCAAAGCACGAAGUA